AUGUCUCGCGAAGCGGACGCGUACCGCGAUCCACUCGAGUACCGCGAAGACUCGCCGCUGCUCGGUGCCAGCGACGACGACGAGGAUGCGAUCCCCCGGAGGCGGUUUGCACCGACGCCGCCACGCCGCCGGGCGCCCGCCACGCCCCUUCCCCGAGCCCAGCUCGCUGCGAUAUACACCAUCAAGCUCGUCGUGCCCGUCUCUGGCACACAGAUCAUGCCGUAUGUGAACAAGAUGGUCGCCGGCUUCGGCCUCCCCAACGAGCGCGACGUGGGAUACUACACCGGGUUGAUGUCGUUUGGCCAUACUGCCGGGGCGUUUUUGACUGUCUAUGCCUGGGGGAGGCUCUCUGACUGGAUAGGGCGGACCCCUGUUAUUGGCUUCGGGAUGUUUGGUCUCGCGCUCUCCACACUCUUGUUCGGCGCGUCCCAAACAUUCGCCAUGGCUCUAACCACUCGCUUCUUCAGUGGCAUAUUCAGCGGGUUCAUUGGCGUCAUCCACUCUGUCGUCGGCGAACUGACAGACCAGUCGAACCAGUCGGUGGCAUUCCCGUUCUACGACAUCAUCUCCGCUUUGGGAUUUGUGAUAGGCCCUGUCAUUGGUGGAGCGUUUGAAGAGCCUGCGACCGAGUUUGGUGGCUGGUUCGACAACGCUUUCUUUAGAGCAUAUCCUUAUAUCCUGCCAUGCAUCAUCUCAUCUGCCCUUGGAUUCCUCGCCGCAUUGCUGUCUGUCACUUUUCUGCGCGAGACACACCCGCGCAAGUCUCCCAAGUCGCCGUCUCCAGAGCCUAUACUCACCGUAGAGCCUGAGCCCGGCGAAGCUCCAAUACCGCUCGCCCUAGCCGAGAAGCCACCAAGCUUGCGAAGCUUGUUGGCCUUACCCGUCAUUCGCGCGCUCUGCGCUUCGCAGUGGAUGCUCGGCUUCGUCGCCGCGUGCUUCAACACGGUCUUCGUGCUCAUGGCGUACACACCCAUCGAGGACGGUGGCCUCUCGAUGAACCCGAAGAAGAUCGCAAGCGCUCUCUCCAUCAUGGGCCUCGUGUCCAUCGGGCUCAAGGGCGCGCUGCCCGUCUUCCUGCGCCGCCACGACGCGCUCGCCGUCUUCCGCUUCACGCUGCUCACCUGGCCGCUCACGUUCGCGCUCAUGCCGCCCCUGAACGCGCUCGCGCGGCGCGCGCAGGGCGGCGGCGCCGCGGACGAGGCGCUCCUCUGGGUCGCGAUCAGCUUCGUGCUCUUCAUGUCGCGUCUCGGGUGCCUCGCAUUCUCGAUCGUGAUGAUACUGACGAAAGACCAUACGCCGACGUCCUUUGCCCUCGGCACGACCAACAGCCUCUCCGAGUUCUCCCAGAUGCUCGGUGUCGCGGUCGAGCCGACAUGCAGCUCAAUCUUCGCGUUCUCGACCUCUCAUCACCUCCUCGGCGGACAUCUCUGGGCUGUGGUAAUCUGUAUUCUUUCGCUUCUUGGCGAUUACAGCGCAAGUCGCAUGGCGAAACAUCGUUAUACUUAA